GUACUAUUCGUGAGGUUCAGCUGAGCGAUCUUCUGUUCUGUUCAUCACCCGUUGAUCAUCGGAGCUACUACUGCGACGUUGAUAGUCGUGUACCGGGCUAUUGUUCUCCUGUGCGCCUUUCGCCGCCAGAGAAGGGUGAUCCGAGGAAAUGGUCAAGUGGUGGUUCUGGCUUUUCGCGGCCUCCUGGGCUAGCGCACAGAGCUCGGAGGAAUACCAAUACAAAUCCCCUAUUCCGGCUGGUCACGCUUUUCUCGCCGAACAUUUCGACGCACCGCAGAACUUCGAAGAGAGAUGGAUAAGGUCCGAAGCCAGAAAAGAAGACGUGGAGGAGGACAUCGCGAAAUACGAUGGCCAAUUCGAAGUUGAAGCUCCCAGCGACGAGAACCAUCUCAAGGGGGACCUUGGCAUGGUUUUGAAGACGAAAGCGAGACAUUACGCGAUCAGCGCGCAGCUCAGUCGUCCGUUCCUCUUCGACCACAGACCUCUCGUAGUGCAGUACGAAGUUCAAUUCCAAAACGGUAUGGAGUGUGGCGGGGCCUACCUGAAGCUACUCUCGCAGCCGAAAUCAGGUUCCGUUUCCGACAUGCAGAAAUCCUUCAACGACAUGACCCGGUACAGCAUCAUGUUCGGUCCCGACAAAUGCGGAACCCAACAGAAAUUGCAGCUCAUCUUCCAGCACAAAAACCCGAAAACAGGAACGUUCGAGGAAAAACACUGGAAGAAGAUCCUCAGCGCAGGAGGUGCGAUGAACGGGAAAUUCAUGGAUGUUUUCACCGACAAGAAGUCCCAUCAGUACACUCUUUUCUUCAAUCCGGACAACACCUUCGAAAUUCUGAUCGACGGUCGUAGCGAAGCGACAGGUAAUCUCUUCGACGACUUCGAUCCUCCGGUCAACCCUCCCAAGAUGAUCCCAGACAUGUCGGAUGAGAAGCCCGAAGACUGGGACGAACGUGAGCACAUCCCCGAUCCGGAGGCCACCAAGCCAGACGACUGGGACGAGGACGAGCCCAAAGAAAUCGAGGAUCCCAACGCCGAGAAACCGAUCGGGUGGCUCGACGACGAGCCGCGCCUCAUCCCCGACCCGGAGGCGAAGCAGCCCACCGACUGGGACGAGGAUAUGGACGGAGUCUGGGAAGCUCCUCUAGUCGACAACGAGAAGUGCAGAGACGUCGGUUGCGGUGAAUGGAGACCCAAAAUGAUUCCCAACCCCAAGUACAAGGGCAAGUGGAAAGCUCCGAUGGUCGACAACCCCGCCUACAAGGGAAAAUGGACCCAUCGGAUGAUUCAGAACCCGAACUAUUUCGAGGAUCUCCAUCCCUUCCGCUUAGAACCGGUCGUCGCUGUGGGCUUCGAGCUCUGGUCGAUGUCCGACGGCAUUCUCUUCGACAAUAUCCUCGUCACCGAUGACAAAGCCGUCGCCACCCAAUGGUCCGAAGAUGGCUUCCAUACGAAGCGCAGAAUGUUGGAUAAGAGCGGGCCCUCGUGGUUCACCCAAUUUGUAGAAAUUUCCACUGCUUAUCCGUGGCUUUGGGGCAUUUACGUCAUCGGUAUUGGCGUUCCCGCCGCUUUCCUGAUAAGCUAUUGCUGCAUGUCGAAGAGCCCGUCCCCGGAGGACGAGUAUGCGCGGAGAAAGAAAUCCGACCUAGAGGGAGACGAAGGCACCGAACAGGGUCUCGUAGAUCUCAUGGAAGCAGAUGAAGAACAUGAGGACGGGAAGGAGCGGGCGGCGGACGACGUCGAGGGCGACGUCGAGGGCAACGUCGAGGGCAACGUCGAGGAGCCCGGCGAAGAUGAGGAAGCCGUAGAGGAGCCUGAUGAAGAUGGCGAGGAAGAUGUAGCCGAGGAGGACAAGCCCAGAGAACAAGGUGCUGGGGAAGCGCCGAAGAUUCUCAGGAGAAGAAAAGCUCGCAAGGAUUAGUAAAACCAAUUAGUUCAUUAGUCAAGGGGAACGAGAGAUGCUCGCCAAGCGGUCAAGGUGGAAGGCAACAACAGAAAUAUAAGUUACAACAAUAACAUCAUCAUCGACAGCAUCUACCCGCACCACGCAAUAGAUCGAUACGUAGUUGGCCUUGCUGAUGACCGCCGAGAGAAUGAGAGUGCCUGCGAGAGGAGCCGAGUCGAUGAGUCAUUUCUUUUGUACCGUGUGAUGUAGCUCAAACGCUCAGUCAGUAGUUAAUAUGGAUGCAUCACCAACAAAACCCUAAAUAAGUCGUAGAACAAAAACGGAGAGGAUACAACAACAAGGAAAUAUAUUUAUCU